UGGGAGCAGCCACAGCCACCUAGCGGCCGAGAGUUCAGUCUUCGGCGGAGAGCGCCCGCGGAACACUCCUGUACCUCCCGGGCGGCAAAUAUACCCAUCAUGGCCACCUCGUCGCCCAGUGUGUCGUCUGCAGGUGCCCAGGUGGAGGUGGGCGGGGCGUGAGGUGCUGGUGCACGAGUGUGGCUCUGGUGGUCGCCGGCGUGGUGGUCGUGUCAGUCGCAGGGGUCGCCGCAAGUCGUCGCCGCCGCCGCCACCGCCGGCCCGCAGCCAUCCCCCGCGGCACUCCGGGCCUACUGGUCGGCGGGCAUGCCCCCAGGCGAGCAGCGCGAGCAGUGCGGCGUGUUGGCACAGUGUCAGUGGGAGGGCCGGGUGUUGCAGACGUGUGGAUGGCCAGGCUCUGAGACACUGGCAUGCCGCCUUCCGGGAACUCUAUCCGUACAUUAACUCCUACGCUCCACCCCCCUCUGUCCCCUCCCCUCCCGGCCUCUUUCGUGCACCGUUUACGUUCCUUCCUCACCUUGUUUAUUAACACAUCUCCGUUACCCAGUGACUCGCCUAUGUAUAAACUGUUUGCUUAUGUAGCCAUUAGCUUUUGUGCCUACGUGGCCCAGACACCAACAGUUUUCUCGCGCACAAAACAAAAUUAAAUAAGAAAAUUACUAGUGUUUAGUUUCGGUCGAAAAAUUUCUUCAAGGAGUGAGGGAGUGAGAGCCGCGAGGAGCACGACGACACUGCCGCAAGUGAGCUCGCCAGCCGCCCCACCCGACCUCUACACCCACGGAGCCACGACACGUGAUUCCAAGAACUGCCAUAGGAAGCCUUCCAGACAGAAACAGCCACAGAGAAAGAGUCAAGAGUUCCAGGAACCCUGGGAGUGGCUUGCUCUCCCUCAGGAACUGCCAAGGAGAGCUAUUAGGGGUUUAAGGAGCUACUACGGGGGUCCUCGACCCAUGAACCACUGGAACGACCUUUUUAGGCCAGAGAAGCGGGUCACCACAGCAAGUACUGACCCGUGAGCGGAUGUCUGGAGCCAAGCAGGUCAUCCGCUAUAGUGCUGCUGCUGCUGCUGCUGGCGCUGCUGCCUCUGUUGCUUCUGCUCCUACUGCUGCUUCCUCUAUCAGUGACCUCGUCGCUCAGGGGCCACUCUCGGCUGCCCAGUCUACUCGCCAUUUUCAGUCUGCUGAAGGAGGCAUGAGGUGAUGGGGCAGGUGGUGGGGGCAGCGGUGGUGGUGGUGGCCACGCUGGGGUGUGUGCUCAGCCCGGUGCUCUCCUCCCCUGACGCGGACUCCUCUGACAUCCGGAGUUUCAACAUCGGUGGCAUCCUUUCUGACACGGAAUCUGACGCUCACUUCAAGUUGACUAUAUCGCAGCAGAUAAACGUUAACAGGUCAUACGUGGACCCCAACAAAACGUUGUUGAAGGACGUCACCAUGCUCAUGGACUCCAACCCCAUCCGCACAGCUCUCGAUGUCUGCAAAAAACUAGUCUCCAAAUCGGUGUAUGCGGUGGUGGUGUCUCACCCCCUCAACGGCGACCUGUCACCAGCCGCAGUCUCCUACACCAGUGGCUUCUACCAUAUCCCUGUCAUUGGCAUCUCCUCCAGGGACUCUGCCUUCUCUGAUAAGAACAUCCAUGUCUCAUUCCUGCGGACAGUGCCACCAUACAGUCACCAGGCAGAUGUAUGGGUAGAGCUCCUCAAAACCUUUCAAUACACACAAGUCGUCUUUGUUCACUCUUCGGACACCGACGGACGUGCCCUCCUCACACGCUUCCAGAACCAGGCACAGAGCCACGAAGACGAUAAGGAUAUAAAAAUGGAAAAUGUAAUAGAAUUUGAGCCUGGCCUUAAUUCAUUUGUGGACAAGCUCAAGGAGAUGCGGGAGGCCUCAGCUCGUGUCAUUCUGCUCUAUGCGAACAAGGAGGAUGCUGGAACCAUCUUCCAUGAUGCUAGCUACAUGAACAUGACUGGGCGAGGGUACGUGUGGGUGGUGACUGAGCAGGCUCUCAAUGCCGAGCACGUUCCAGCGGGAGCCAUCGGUCUCAAACUUGUCAAUGCCUCUGAUGAGGAUGCUCACAUCACAGACAGUUUGUACAUACUAGCAAUGGCCAUAAAGAAGCUGCGAGAUGACGAUAACACAACAACGGAGCAGCCUCCGCAGGAUUGUAACAACACUGGCACUUCCUGGGAAACAGGCAAAAAGCUCUUCCAAUACAUUUUAGAACAGGUCCUAAAGAAUGGGCUCACGGGUAAAGUUGCCUUUGAUGAAAAUGGCGACCGGAUCAAUGCCGAAUACGAUGUUAUAAACAUACAAGAGUUCAACGAGACGACGGGUUUACGGAAAGAACAUGUUCCUGUUGGACAAUAUAAAUACAAUAAACCGCCACGGGGUGCAGGGAAAGAGGAGGGUGGAAAGACCUUGGGCACCACUACCCCGCAGCCGCAGACAAAAGAAACGAUGACAUUAGAAAUCAAUGAGAACGCCAUCGUGUGGCCAGGAAAUACGACCAUCAAGCCCCAAGGUUACAUGAUCCCCACAAGACUUAAGGUCCUGACUAUUGAGGAGAAACCUUUUGUGACAACACAGAAAAUUGAAAGCAAAGCAGAAUGUCUGGGAGGUGGCCGUGUUCUCUGUCCUUGGUACAAUAGCUCAGGAGAGGGCUCUGACCUCUUUUGUUGCACUGGUUAUUGCAUUGACUUGCUCAAUACACUUGCUAAUAAGAUCAAUUUCACUUUUGAACUUGCGCUUUCUCCUGACGGCCAGUUUGGUUCUCUCCAGAUGAAUGAAAACACAGGCAAGAAAGAGUGGACUGGUCUGAUUGGUCAGCUGGUGAACCAAACCCACGGUGCCGACAUGAUAGUUGCACCUCUCACCAUCAACCCAGAGCGGGCGCAGGUUAUAGAGUUCUCAAAGCCUUUCAAGUAUCAAGGAAUCACUAUCUUAGAAAGAAAGCAACCUCGGUACUCCACCUUAGUGUCCUUUCUUCAGCCCUUUCGCAACACACUGUGGAUUCUGGUCAUGGUGUCGGUACAUGUAGUGGCACUUGUCCUCUACCUCCUCGACAGAUUCAGUCCUUUUGGCCGGUAUAAGCUUGCCAAUAUGGAUGGCACAGAGGAAGAUGCUCUUAACCUGUCUUCUGCAAUUUGGUUUGCAUGGGGAGUUUUGCUCAACAGUGGUAUAGGUGAAGGUACGCCGCGGAGUUUCAGUGCACGUGUCUUGGGAAUGGUGUGGGCCGGAUUUGCUAUGAUCAUCGUAGCUUCGUACACUGCCAACCUGGCCGCCUUCCUUGUGUUGGAUCGUCCUCAAACCUCCCUCACAGGCAUCAAUGAUGCUAGGCUACGAAAUCCAAUGGAAAACUUCACAUAUGCGACAGUGAAGGGAUCGUCAGUGGACAUGUACUUCAGACGACAGGUGGAGCUGAGCAACAUGUACCGCACCAUGGAGGGCAACAACUAUCCUACUGCAGAGGCAGCCAUCACAGCAGUCAAGUCUGGGAAGUUGAAAGCCUUCAUAUGGGACAGUUCACGUUUGGAAUAUGAGGCUGCCCAGGACUGUGAACUGGUGACUGCAGGGGAGCUCUUUGGCCGCUCAGGGUAUGGUAUAGGCUUAAAAAAGAACUCACCUUGGGCAGACAGGGUGACUCUGGCUAUCCUGGAGUUCCAUGAGAGUGGUUACAUGGAAGAACUAGAUAACAAAUGGAUUUUACAGAACCAGGAAGACAUGUGCAACACAGAUGAGAAAGCGCCGGCAACACUAGGUCUCAAGAACAUGGCGGGUGUAUUUAUCCUGGUUGCUGCUGGCAUUGUUGGUGGCAUAGGACUAAUCAUUAUUGAAAUAAUUUACAAAAAGCACCAGAUACGUAAACAAAAGCGGCUGGAAAUUGCUCGACAUGCUGCCGACAAGUGGAGAGGAGCUGUUGAGAAACGGAAAACUUUGCGAGCCUCUAUGAUGAUGCAGAGAAGACUCAAGGCAAAUGGGGUUAAUGAGCCAUCAGUGAUUUGUGUCAAUGUUGAAAGUGGGUCUGGAGCUGGAUCUGGAGUUGGGGGUGCAGCUGGGACAGGGGCGGGAGCUGGUGUUGGUGCUGGGGCUGCAGUUGUGAGUUCUGCAAGUGGCGCUGCAGCAGCUAGCAUAGGAGCUGCUGAUCUGCCUCGGAUGCUUCCUCCACCACCACCAGCACCACUAGCACCUCCUUCACCUCCAGGCCUACCUCCAGAUGUGCCCCCAGCGCCUCCUGCACCCCGAUGGGGCAAUGACAUUCGGCAGCGUCAUGUUUCAGCUCAGGAUGAAGGUCUGCCUCCACCUCCCCCACCCCCUGCAGGCGUGGACACCAUGCGGCUGCACGCCUCUUACAAGAACCUAUUCGGCCCUGACCCGCCCGAUCUGGUGGCGUGAGCAUCUACUGUAGCCUCUGUAUCAGAGGUAGCCAGGUUUACAGGGGCAAGUGAUCCUGGCAGGGAGGCCCACUGACUCCCCUCUUCAUUACGUCCACUCGGCGGCGCCCCGGGCCACGCUCCCCUCAGGCCACUGUGCUGUGCACCAUCAAUGGCCUGCCAGCCAGGCCAGGGGGGGCACUAACUACGCUUCUCACUCGUCAACAACAUUGUAUAAACCCAUGGACAUUUAUAGCAUGUUAUCAGUGGGUCAUAGAACCUUGACCACCCUAACUUUAAUUGUUUAUUUUGGUAAAACACAUUCAAGCCCUUCUGCAACUCCUGGUUAGAAAGCUAAAUAUUAUUUAGUUAAGGUAAGCCACACCAGAUUUAAAACAGUUGAUGAGGGAACUUGUGUGUGGUUGUAUAAGAGAGCCAGUAGACACACUCCCAUAGUAUUCCCUGGGAGCAAGAGGGUGUGCUUGUUGAUCUGUUGUUGUCCUCCCAUCCUGCACCCUCACCAGGAGUCUUUUAGCUAGGGAACAUUAGUGUGGAGCCCUGACCAGUGUGAGGGACAGGGGGGGGGGGCUGUCCCUUUAAGCUGUCAGUAUGAGGGGCGAGUGGCAAUGAGUGCCCCCUCAAACUGCUGGUUUGAAGGGACAGGCAACAUUAAGUACUCUUCAUGCUAAGUGUGAAGCCUUGUGGCAAUGAGUGCCCCUUAUUACUACUAGUGCAUUGUGGGUAAGAGUAAAUUUCACCUCUUACCACGAUAAUGAAAAAAGUGUCCUGUCAAGUGGAGGCUGCACGUAGCAGGAAUGGUUACCAAUUACGACCAUUUCGUAUCGCCUAUCUGCAGUGAGCAGGUAACUGUUCCAUCACCAAAUUAGUGUUAGGAGGUGAAUAGAAGCAAAGCCUUAUCACAUCCACUGGUGUUAAUAGUCGGUGACGGUGCACACUCCUUCAUGCUGUCAGUAUGAGGUGUAGGUACCUGUGUGUGCCCCCCCCUCCCCCCCUUAUCCCACCACACAUCUUUCUGUUAGCCUUGUAAGGCCCUGCUAAAUAUCUGGAAUCUACAUUGUUGAUGAUACGCUUAUUAUCGUUGUGUGUUGUGACUACGGACAAGAACAACCACACACAGACAAACAUUGGGCAUACAGUAACCUUGAGGUGCUGUGUUGAUGACUCAUGGUGUGGUGGUCUGUUCCCGUGGUUGUUUACAUGUAUACUUAUUUGUAAUUUCUGAGGCUGAAUAUGAUGAAAUUUGACUGAAAAUACAUUUUUCCACAAAAAAAUUAAAACAUGAAAAAUACUAGUUAUUACACUGAUUAUAACAUAGUAAUGUUGAAAAAAUAUUGGUAGAAAAUAAAUUGCUAAAAAAAAAUUUACAUUAUUUAUGAUUUCAGUCACAUUAAGUAAUGAAUAAAAUUGGUAUUAUAAUCUAUAAAAAAAUACAAUAUGUACCACUAAUAAACAAAGAUGAUAUAUAUCACUGGGAAGACCGACCAGCUUUCCUAUGUUUGGUCAUGUGGGCUGAUGAUGAUGCUGAUGCUGGAACUCAUAGUGCCACAAGUGGAUGUUCUGGCCCAGAAGUAUUGCAAUAAGGAGUGAUGAGCCUUAUGACAUGACUACUGAAGGGUGAGAAUAACCUAGUGUGUGGCGUAGAAAGAUGUUUAGGUGUGUGUGAAUGUGUGGAUGCAUGCAUGUGUUGGUGUGUUUGAUACAAGGAUCCAGAAUGGAGCUAAACAAUGUAUUGGUGUAGUUAUGAGUUUAUGAAAGUUUUAGUAUAAUUUCAUGACAUAUGUAUUUAUUCAUUUGAAGCUUGAAAUGUUCUUCCAUAACUGUGGUAAAUUUAGUUUAAUUUAUACAGUACCAAUUUAAAAAUGAAAUCAUGUAUUCAGAUAUCAUAUCCUUAUUCCAGUCAUUUAUGAUUGACAUUUCACAUUGGACUAACUCUAUUGGGUUUAGUGAUUUUGUCGCCAUUGCAAUCAGUUCUGAGAAUAUGACGAUUAGUAGAGCGUGAUUUAAUAAGUUUUGCAUGUUUUCGACUAAGGAAGUUGUAUUAUUAUUCGGCAGGGGUGACCGGAGAUGAGUUAUAACAAAUUGUAAAAUGUUUGAGCUUCAUAUUAUGAAAAUUAAGAGUGGACACCCCCUUGUUUAAUACAAAAUAAAAACAAGAACAAA